AUGAAUUUCUCCGGGAAACUAACAAACGUCCUCCUGCUGGUGCUCCUCGCAGCGCAAGCAUUGUCCUCUUCUGUUUCGUCAGGCUGCUUUUCAUCUAAAGCGGAGGACAGAUUAUUUCGGAGGCUGUUCCGAAGGUACAACCAGUUCAUCCGGCCCGUGGAGAAUGUCUCUGAUCCAGUUACCGUGGAGUUUGAGGUGUCCAUAUCUCAGCUUGUCAAAGUGGAUGAGGUGAAUCAAAUUAUGGAGACCAACCUGUGGCUGAGACAUGUGUGGAACGACUAUAAACUGAAAUGGACCCCUAUUGAGUAUGACGGGAUUGAGUUCAUACGAGUUCCAUCCAAUAAGAUUUGGAGGCCAGACAUUGUCCUGUACAACAAUGCUGUUGGGGAUUUUCUUGUGGAGGACAAGACCAAGGCUCUGCUGAAGUUUGACGGCACAAUCACUUGGGUUCCUCCAGCGAUUUUCAAAUCCUCCUGCCCCAUGGACAUCACCUACUUCCCCUUCGACUACCAGAACUGCUCCAUGAAGUUUGGCUCCUGGACCUACGACAAGGCCAAGAUCGACCUGGUGCUCAUUGGCUCAAAGGUGAACCUGAAAGACUUCUGGGAAAGCGGGGAGUGGGAAAUCAUCGAUGCUCCAGGAUACAAGCACGACAUCAAGUACAACUGCUGUGAGGAGAUCUACCCCGACAUCACCUACUCCUUCUACAUCCGCCGCCUGCCUCUCUUCUACACCAUCAACCUCAUCAUCCCCUGCCUCCUCAUCUCCUUCCUUACCGUGCUGGUCUUCUACCUCCCGUCUGACUGCGGGGAGAAGGUCACCCUGUGCAUCUCCGUCCUCCUCUCCCUCACUGUGUUCCUGCUGGUCAUCACCGAGACCAUCCCUUCAACGUCUCUGGUCAUCCCUCUGAUCGGAGAGUACCUCCUCUUCACCAUGAUAUUUGUCACGCUCAGCAUCGUCAUCACCGUCUUUGUGCUGAAUGUCCACUACCGCACCCCAAUGACUCACACGAUGCCGGAGUGGGUGAGGGCGGUGUUCCUCGGGGUGCUGCCCAGGGUGAUGCUCAUGAGGCGGCCAAUUGACCAGGGCUGCUCCUCGCCCGCCAGCAUUACCGGAGGGAUGGCAGGAAGCAGUGGAGGAAACAAGAAGAGGAAGAACAGCAUUGGAAGUGGCUCGGGAAGUGUAAGUGUUGGAGGCAUAACUGGAGGCGUUGCAUGUCCACCGCUGGAUAGCGGUGCAGGAGGAGGAGGAGGAGGAACCUCAUCAGCGGGCGGCUCCAUGAACUGUGUGGAAUAUGGCGAGAUGAACCGUGACUUGAACCGGGAUAUAAACAGGAGGUGCCCCUACAGAGGCAAGGAGGUGCCGACUCCUGUUCCACCCCCGAUGGUGCCUCCGCCUCCUCCUCCUCCUCCUCCUCCUCCUCCCCCCCAGGCACCUCCGACCCAGGGGCCCCAGGAGUCGGAGCUGCCCAAGGUGCCGAGGCCCCUCAGCGCUCCGUCGCCGGUCAGUGCUGUCGUUGCGUUUUCUGUGGUGUCGCCAGAGAUCAAGCAGGCCAUCGAGAGCGUCAAGUACAUCGCAGAGAACAUGAGGACUCGCAACAAAGCCAAAGAGGUGGAGGACGACUGGAAGUACGUCGCCAUGGUCAUCGACAGGAUUUUCCUGUGGGUUUUUGUGACAGUGUGUGUGUUGGGGACUCUGGGACUCUUCCUCCAGCCACUCAUCAGCUUCUUAAAAUGA